GAGGGCGCUCGAGGCUGCUGGAAAGCGAGCCAGCUAAGGAGGCGGGGAGGCGGCGGCCGCACUCGCUGGCCUGCUCGCUCUCUUCCCGGCGGGUUCACUGCUGCGCUUCCUGCUUGCCAGCCGCUCCGUGGCUCGCCGCCCAUCGACCGGGUCCCGGCUCAGCUCGGGAGUCCUAAGCUCCCGCGGACACCGUGCGCAGGGCGAGCCGGCGCCACACCUGUGGAGCCCUUGGCCGUCGGCGGGUGCCGGCCAAGGUCCCGCGGCGUGCGUGGUCAGGUCGCCGGCCGUCUGAGCCCGGGGAGGCGCGCCCCGCGGCUGGGCUCCUCCGGCAGCAUGGGGCUCCCCGCGCUCGAGUUCAGCGACUGCUGCCUCGACAGCCCGCACUUCCGAGAGACGCUCAAGUCGCACGAAGCCGAGCUGGACAAGACCAACAAAUUCAUCAAGGAGCUCAUCAAGGACGGGAAGUCACUCAUCACUGCGCUCAAAAAUUUGUCCUCAGCAAAGCGGAAGUUUGCAGAUUCCUUAAAUGAAUUUAAAUUUCAGUGCAUAGGAGAUGCAGAAACAGAUGACGAGAUGUGCAUUGCAAGGUCUUUGCAGGAGUUUGCUACUGUCCUCAGGAAUCUCGAAGAUGAACGGAUUCGGAUGGUGAGUAUGGCUGGGCUGUUCUUGGUCUCAGACAGUAUGUACAUAUUGAGGGAGCAAGGGAUUUGUUGUCACAAGACCCAGGUUCAGGUCCACACUCUGCCUCCAGACUUCUUGAGCUGUGAAGCUUUGACAUUGCAGGUUUUAGCCUGUCAUAGGAUUAUUGUCAUGCAAUCCUGGAAUAGCAUUAUCAACUUCCUAAAUGUUUCCUUGCAAGCACGAGGCCCUAAGUUCAAUCCCCAGUACUCCAUUAAGGGAGCAAGAAUUGAGAAAGUAGAAAGGAUUCACUAUUCACUGUAGGUCUCUACAUAAGGUACAGGAUUUAGGAGUAGAGUUUUUGAAUGAUUUAACUUUUGAGGGUCCCAGAUUCUUUACCAUCAG